GUUCGUCCCACUGUACAUCGCAUAUAAUCGCUGCACACACAAUGGUACUCUCAUACGCAUUGCACGAAAAAAAUACACAUAAAGACAUAUAUAUUUAAUUAAAUUUGUACGUUGUUGGGGUCUUUGUUGUCGGUGCUGCCCAUAAUACUGCUUCAUUUGGCGUCGCUUGAGAACGGCAAUCCCAAUCCCAAUCCCCAUCGAAUAGCAUCAUUUGCCGCUGAGCAUCGGAGCUGAUUGCUUGGCGCCCGGAGUAAUCAAAAUCGGGUUUAAUUUCGUAUAAGGUUUACGAGUGCGGUGCGAAGCUGUGCGGGGGCAAUAAUAGACUAUUAGAAGAUAAUCUGAACCGCAGAUUUCUACAACUUGUUCUUCGUGAAUAGUGACCCAGAAAAACGGUGCUCAGAACUAGGUUAGACUGCCAAAAAAACAAAGACGAAAACAAAAACGAAAACAAAAACAAAAGCGGAACAAAACGGCAUGAACUUGGAACGACAAGAAGCUGACCAAUUUUAAUUGAGACUUCAGAGUCUCAGGUUAUUGGUCUUCCACACCAGUGGCCAGCACUGGAUGAGCCACCAUGAAGGGCAUCUGCGGUGAGCAGCUCAACAACUGCAUGCUCCUGGGCGACUGUGAGAAUAGUGAACAUGGUUCAGGACAACCUCAAGGGUUUACGGAGGAGGGCGUGGAAAUGGAGUCGGGUGGAGGAAUGAUAGGCAGUUGGGAGGCCUUUGCCGCUCGCCGAAUACGAAAUCGACAGGUUCACAGCAUGGCCGUGCGAUCGGGCAGUGCCUAUGAUACCCUGGAGCGACCCUAUCGGCAUGACAAGACCCGUGGUCGUUGGGCUAAGUCGGUGGACUUCUACUUCGCCAGCUGCACACUUGCCUUCAGCUCGCUGAUCUUCUCCGAGCUCUCCACCUUUGGAAUACUUCACGGCGGUUGGCUGUUAUUCAUAAUCGCCUAUCUUAUGGGAAUGUUCUUCUACUCGCUGCCAAUAUUUUUGAUCCAAGCAUUUCUGGGACAAUUCUCAUCCUCUGGAUCGAUAUCAGCAUUUCGAGUGGCGCCCAUAUUCAAAGGCAUCGGGUAUGCUAUUCUGCUCCUCAAUCUGGGCACUCUUACCUACUACAGCGUUGGAGCUGUGGUGCCCCUUAUUUACACCGUAAAUUCCCUGCAUCGGGUGAUUCCCUGGAUGAGUUGCAACAACACUUGGAACACCAAGGAGUGUUCCUUACAUGAGAAUUACGAAUUCGAUGACUAUAGGGUCGAUCCUCAUUCCACUGUGGAGUUCUUUAGAUCAGCAAUUGCCUCAACGGAAGCAGGUUCUACUUCCAUGAGCAUAUCCUGGUCCAUGCUUAUAGGCGUUUUAGCCAUUUGGCUCGUUGUUUGGGCCAUGCUGCUCAAGCCAGUGGCUUUUAUUGGCAAAGCCCUGCGAUGUUGCUGCGUUUUAAUGUUCGCCUCCUUUGUGGCUGUAUUUUUUUACUCGGUUAUACACGAGAAAGUAUCUAUUGAUACCCUAAAAUACUACUGGAUGCCCCAGGUGGAUAGCUUCGACAGUGUCCUGGCAACAGCUCGAACAGCCCUCCUGAUGGCUGGAGUGGCCUUGGGGCCCGGAUGGGGCAGCAUCAUCACCUUGUCCAGUUACAACAGCUUCCGCAGCGAUGCCGAGAGAUUGAGCAUCUGGGUGUGCCUUACUCAUAUCACGAUCGGAUUAAUGGGACUUCUCUGCUGCAAUGUGGCCCACGAUCACUUUGAAGAUCAUGUGGGUCUGAUGCCUCUGCAUGUGGAUGAGAAGCAUCAUAUGCAGUUCCUGUACCUUUGUUUCUCCUAUUUGUUCGGUCGUUUUACUACGACUCCAAACCUCUGGGCUUUCCUCUUCUUUGGCAUGAUAUUCCUGUCGGAAAUAUGUGCCUUGAUCAUCCAAAUGAUGUCUGUUAUUACGACCUUGUUUGAUGAGUUCGAGACGUUGCGAUCGAAAAGAACUUUAUUAAUUUCUGCACUGGUCCUCGGCCUGACAGCCUCUUCUGUUUAUUUUUGCACUCAGUUGGGCUUUAGUCAGCUGACUCAGCUGCCCAAUCUGGCGGUGUUUACCCAUGUCUUCAUUUCGGGAGUUCUUCUGCUGAUGACCACAUGGGUUUAUGGCCGCGUCCGAUUCCAGUGCGAUCUGCAGUUCAUGCUGGGCAAAACGAUCUCAAGUUUCAAGAUUUUCUUUAUACGCUUUGUAACGCCCAUUUUUCUGGGAUUGUGCUUGUUCCAACUUACCUAUUUAUUUACUCGUGAUCACAUCCACGACGUCCUGAUCUUUGUCAGUCAGGGCUUGAUUCUACUGACGGCCAUAUCCUAUAUGGUCUAUAAGGUGUGCCGGACGAAUGGCAAUUGGCGGCAGCGAUUGCAACAGUGCCUUGCACCACACGACUGGCAUCCGGUGGAUGCGGACAACCGGCGGUUCUACGAGGAGAUCAUGGGCAUCUCUGAGAUGCUGGUGAUCGAUGCCAAUGCCAAUACCACAUAGUGCCUAAAUAUCGAAUACUCUUUAGAUCAAAACCCAACACUUAAAGGCGUUGCCACACAUGACAAAUGUACUGAACUGAAUUCACUUUUAUUAUACACCCAUAAGCGGUCACCCAUACACAUACAUGCAUGCAUACAUAGAUAGAAAAACCCAAGCUAUGUAACACGCACACGACUAUAUACAUAGAUACAGAUCAAGUGCUGAUGGUGAUCGUUGGUUUUUAUAAUGGAGUUGUACUGAUAUUUUCCAAAUGCUAGCUAUAGUGAACAAUAAACUGGUGAUAUUUAGUAGCUGCCUACUAAAAAGUUCAACAAGCUUCGGCCAAAAAAUAUUGUUACGGAUUAAUAAAGAUUUACCUUUUAGAUAUGUA